AUGAGUUUCCACAAGGAGGAUGGUGUGGGGAGCCUGUGUCACAAGGCGCUGCAGAUCAUCUCAGAGCUGUGCCUGGGGGGCCAGGUGGAGCGGGAGAAAUGUUCAGGCAUCUUCUUCCCCUUGGAGACCACCAAGCAAGGUAUAGGCAGCACAGACAUCUCAGUCAGUCUGCUAGCAGUAGUCGUCAGCUUCUGUGGGCUUGCCUUGCUGGUAGUCUCGCUAUUUGUCUUUUGGAAGUUGUGUUGGCCAUGCUGGAGAAGCAAACCUCUUAUUUCUAAUACCAGUAAUAUCCCUCAAAGCACCUGUAGUGCUCCUGCUGAGGUUUUUGAAACCAACGAGAAAAAGGAAAUUAAAGAAAAUGGGAAACCUUCAGUGAAGGUACUUGAGGCUGCAAUGAAAAUUAGCCACACUUCACCUGAUAUUCCAGCAGAAGUCCAGAAUGCAUUGAAAGAACAUCUAAUUAAACAUGCACGCAUGCAGAGACAGAUCACUGAGCCUGCAUCCUCAUCAAGGCAUAAUUCUUUCAGGAGGCACUUGCCAAGGCAGAUGCAAGUGUCCAGUGUUGAUUUUAACAUGGGGACAGAUCCGAUUUUACAACGGGGUGAGACAACAACCAGCAUUGGGCGAAUAAAACCAGAACUCUAUAAACAGAAGUCUGUUGAUUCAGAAGACAAGCAAGAAGAUGUGAAAAUCUGUGGGAAACUUAACUUUGCUCUCCGGUAUGAUUAUGAAAAUGAACUCCUUGUUGUUACCAUUGUCAAAGCCUUAGAUCUACCUGCUAAAGACUUUACAGGAACCUCAGAUCCGUACGUUAAGAUUUACCUUCUCCCAGACAGGAAAAAGAAGUUUCAGACACGGGUUCACAGAAAGACUUUAAAUCCUGUCUUUGAUGAAACCUUUCAGUUUCCUGUAGCCUAUGAUCAGCUCAGCAACAGGAAAUUGCAUUUCAGUGUAUAUGAUUUUGACAGAUUUUCUAGACAUGACAUGAUUGGGGAAGUUAUUCUUGAUAACUUUUUUGAAGUCUCUGAUCUCUCCAGGGAAGCCACUGUGUGGAAAGACAUCCACUGUGCCACCACAGAAAGCAUAGAUUUGGGUGAAAUCAUGUUUUCCCUUUGCUAUUUACCUACUGCCGGGCGAAUGACGUUAACAGUAAUCAAAUGUAGAAAUCUCAAAGCCAUGGAUGUAACUGGCGCUUCAGAUCCGUAUGUCAAAGUCUCAUUGAUGUGUGAGGGUCGAAGGCUGAAAAAGCGGAAAACAACUACAAAGAAAAACACGCUUAACCCAGUUUAUAAUGAGGCUAUCAUCUUCGAUAUCCCUCCAGAGAAUGUGGACCAGGUCAGCCUCUCCAUUGCUGUGAUGGACUACGAUCGAGUAGGACACAAUGAGGUGAUCGGGGUGUGUAGGACAGGACUUGAUGCUGAAGGACUUGGAAGAGAUCACUGGAAUGAAAUGCUGGCUUACCCCCGUAAACCUAUUACUCAUUGGCAUCCAUUGGUAGAGUUACCUGGCCAGGCAACCAGUUUUGAUAGCCAGGGGUCUUGUUCAUCACCAAAACCACCACCUACACCCUAG